AUCCAGGAAGAAGGACGGCGGGACCGCUCUUUGAAUCCUCGCAGGCAGUGUUUGCGGCAGGCUCUCCUGGCAGAGGGGGUCCCUUGUGCCCUGGAGGCACGUCCUACCCUCCCAGUGCACAAGCGUGGAGGAGGAACAACUUGGCGGCAAUCCACAGCAGGAGAUACCUGGCAGUCGGAGGUGACAUGCGAGGCAGUGCCCGCAUGCCGCAUUGGGGACGGUAGACACCGUGCCUCCGGCUGGACAUGCCCGGACUCCCCGUCUCCUCCAGGCUGCGGCUGCCAGCCGAGAGGCCCAAACCCGUCCACACUGCUCUCCGCAUCCCGCACGAUGCCCACUCCGCGGGUCGACGGGACCCCGACCCUACGGGGGAGCCCAGGGGCGUUGGUCACGCGAGCUACCAGCUGCCUUGGAAGUCGACCAGCGACUGCGGAGUCAAGCAGAGUUUCCAGGCGAAAACGAAGGACAAGGCAGACAGCAAGAUUUACACUGAUUGGGCUAAUCACUACUUGGCCAGGUCUGGUCACAAGCGACUGAUCAAGGAUUUGCAACAGGACAUUGCUGAUGGCGUUUUGUUGGCAGAGAUCAUCCAGAUUAUUGCAAAUGAGAAGGUCGAAGCCAUCAACAGUUGCCCAAGAAGUCAGGCCCAGAUGAUUGAGAAUGUCGAUGCCUGUCUCAGCUUCCUGGCAGUGAGGGGAGUUCAUAUCCAAAGUCUCUCGGCUGAGGAGAUUCGAGAUGGAAAUCUGAAAGCCAUCCUUGGACUUUUUUUCAGUCUGUCACGGUACAAACAGCAGCAGCAGUACCAGGACCUAGCUGAACUCCAGCAGCAGACACAGCACCCAGCUUCGGGGAGUGCCUUGGUCUCACAGCAGAGAGGGCCAGUCGACAUGCAGUCAAGUCUGCUAGCUGGACAGACAACUCAGUCCAAACAUGCUGGAAGUGCAGCCAAUCAGAAAAAGUCUACCAGGCUUCCAGGUCCCUCCAGGGUACUGACUGCAAGCAGUGCUACCAAGGUCCAAGGAACCAACAACUUGAACAGGCGAAGCCAGAGUUUCAAUACCAUCGACAAGAACAAGCCCCUACAGUAUGCGGCCAGCAGUGAGCGAGUUUCAGAGUCACCUAAAGGUCCGCCGUUACCGGGAGGGAUGAACGGGAGCCCAACGACUGGAGGGGGCAGCAGCCAUCAGCCAGCCUCCGCCAUCCCUUCCCCUAGCUCGGGCAAACCCUGGCGCAGCAAGUCGAUGAACGUCAAGCACACGGCCACGGCACCGAUGUUGAGUGUGAAGCCGCCGAGCCCCGUCACGUCGCCCACCGAGCGGCCCCGUCUGCCCCAGCCUGAAGCCCCCAAGCCCCCGGCCGGUGAGCAGAGGUCCAUGCUGGAGAAGUUCAAGUUGAUCAACAGCAGGUCUCCGUCCCGCGCGCCCGGGUCCUCGAGCGCGGCACCCGCUGAGGGCGGCAGGGACGAGGGCCCGCUCUCGGAGAGCGGGGAGGCGGACGGAGCAGGUGGCUCCCCAGUGGGGAGCAGCCCCAAAGCCCAUUCCAAGGUGCCCUGCCAACGGAUGGGCGGCAAAGCCCCCGGCCACAAGAAGCCCGGGGCCCAGGCGAAGGACGAUAGAGAAAAGGAAAAGGGCAAAGGAUUGAAGGUCACCAAGGAUGAUAAGGCCAGCGAGGCGCCCAGGAAGAGCUCGAAGAUCGCCAGCCUGAUUCCCAAGGGAGGCAAGCCGGCUGGGGUCAAGAAGGAGAGCGCGAUCCCUGCGUCCAGCGGGAUACCCAAGCCCGGAUCCAAGGCGGCCUCUGGCAAGGCGCCAACUGCAGCUGGGCCUGCGGGAGUGAAGGAGGCGGAGAAAGCCAAGAGCGCCAAGGGAAGCCCCAGCCACAACCUGCAGAAGCCCCCAGGCGAGAGCAAAGGCUCCAGCUGUGUGGCCCCCUCAGAGGGGAGAGGCGCUGGCCUCCCCUCCUCGCCCCCUUCCUCGUCAAGUACCGCCGGGGUCUCGGCCCCCGCGGGGGUGGCUGGUGGGCACGCAGCGGGUAGUGCCAAUGCACACGUCUAUCUCCCUCAGUCUCAGCAGCAAUACAGCCACCCCAACACUGCCACCGUCGCCCCCUUCUUGUACAAAACACACUCGGAUAGCGAUGGCUCUUCUCUACUCACUGGCGAUAUAAGUGCCAGCCACACUAAACUGGAUUCUGUUUACAGCAAGACAGCCAAGCAGUGCCUCGAAGAAAUAUCUGGGGAAGAUCCAGAGACCAGGAGAAUGAGGACCGUGAAGAACAUUGCCGACCUGCGGCAGAACCUGGAGGAGACCAUGUCCAGUCUCCGAGGAACACAGAUAAGCCAUAGCACUUUGGAGACAACCUUCGACAGCACCAUUACUACUGAGGUCAAUGGGCGCACCAUUCCAGCGGUCUCCACCAGACCUUCGGCCAUGGGCUGGCGGCUCGGACAGAACAGCCCGCGGCUACAGGCUGGCGAUGCCCCUUCCCUGGGGAGCGGCUACCCUCCCCGUGCCAACACGGGUCGCUACAUCCACCCUGAUGGCUCGCGCUACGUGUACGGCGCGCCCCUCCGCCGGCCGACGGGCUCCCGGGUCGCCAACGCGUCCCAGCCGGAUCCCACGGACCGGGGCGGUCCUGAGUUCGAGGCGGCACCCGGCGACAUGGACGUGACCGGUUACAUGAGUGACGGCGACCUGCUGGGGAAGAAUGCCAGGGCCGAUGACAUUGGCAGCGGGUACAUGACCGACGGAGGCCUUAACCUGUACACUCGGAGUAUGAACCGGAUCCCAGAUGUGUCAGCUACACGUGACGUCAUCCAACGAGGCGUGCCUGACGUGACAGGAGAUGGUGAUAGCUUGGACGACAGCAGUUCAGUCAGCAGUGGUCUCAGUGACACACUUGAUAACCUUAGUACUGAUGACAUGAACACCACCUCAUCCAUCAGCUCUUAUUCGAAUAUCACUGCAUCUUCCAGGAAGAAUACCAGCGCUCAGCUCAAAGCAGACUCGGAGAAACACUCGACGUCGGAAAAUGAAGCGGCUUGGAGUGGGGAGGAGCUGAAGAAGCCCGAGGACGGAGUGGAGACGUCAAAGAUGGAACUGGGCGAGAAGUGGAAGAGGAACCUCUCGGACCUGUCCGACGACUCUGAGAAGGGCCAGAGGCCCACUCUGUCCCUGUCCCAGACUGGAUCGUGGAGGCGGGGGAUGAUAGCACAGGGGGGCGUCCCCACCCCUCGGAGCAAGGCUGCGCCCCACCCCUUAAAGCCCAUUGGUAAAAUGGAUGACGCCAAAGUUUCAGAGAAGGGAAAGGUGCCCCUUAAAGGGACAGGUACCCAGCUGUCCCCAUCAGAGGUGGGAAGGAGCAGCGGCGACGAGGGGAAGAAGCCCCCCUCGGGGAUGGCACGGACACCCACCGUCUCCUUUGGCUUCAAGAAGGCUGGGGUCAGCUCGUCCGCUGCCACGACUGCCGGUGGUGUGACGGUGAGCAGUGGAUCUGCUACCCUGGGCAAGGUGCCGAAAUCCUCCGGCAUCCCCAGCAAGCCCAGCUCGGCCAGGAAGACCAGCCUGGACGGGUCCCAGAACCAAGAUGACGGGAUCCUGCUGGUCAGCUCCCGGACCAACCUGCAGUACCGCAGCCUGCCCCGCCCGGCCAAGUCCAGCGUCGGCAACGUGAGUGGCCGGUGCAGUCACCGCUCCAGCUCCAGUAACCUCGAGGGUGGGGGCGGGGCUAAGGUGUCUGCCGCCACCGCCACCCCCGCCUCUUCCAAGCUCCGAGAGCCGUCCAAGGUCAGCUCCGGGCGCUCCAGCCCUGUCGGCGCUGGGCAGUCCGACCGGGAGAAGGUGGUGGUGUCCGACCCGGAGAGCACCUCACUGUCGACCUCGCCCAAGUCCAGCCCCCCUCCCUCCGGAUCCAGCGGGGCAGCAGGACUGAGGCAACAGGCUUCCAAGUACCCUGACAUCUCAUCGCCCACCUUCCGCAGGCUGUUUGGGACAAAGGCUGCCGGGAAACCCGUCAGUGGGCCUGGGUCAGAAUCGGUGAAGAGCCCCACCAUCCUCUCCAGCCCUCAUGGCUCGCUGUCUCGCCAGGGCAGCCUGGAGUCCCCAUCGACUGGGCCAGGGGGCUUGGCCGGAACGGGCGGAAAACCCCCGGAGCAGGCCCCGGAGGGCAGCGGCCUGAGCCAAUCGCUGGCAUCGAGCCCGGCUUCGCUGCACUCGCUGACCUCCAGUGGGCACCAGCUGCCGGCCAGCCUCAGCAGCUCCCCUGGGGGGAGCAAGGACACCCUCAGCUACCCUUCGCUGACCAGCCUGCACACCAGCUCCGAGUCCAUCGACUUACCGCUGAGCCACCAUGGCUCACUCACGGGCCUGACCACCACACCCAAGGGAGAGGUGCAGAACCUGCUCAUGAGGACAGGAAGCGUCAAGUCAACACUCUCCGAGAGUCCCCUCUGUUUCCUUGUUAAUGUUCCUCACUGUCGCAGGAUCACCCAGCCCCGGAAGCAGGACAGUUUGCAACUUGAUCGAAACACGCUACCUAAAAAGGGACUGAGGUACACACCGUCAUCUCGGCAAACGAGUCAAGAGGAGGGCAAGGAGUGGCUUCGAUCUCACUCCACUGGUGGUCUUCAGGACACAGUCAGUCAGUCGCCUCUCCCCUCUCCCUCUGCCAUCUCCUCCCCUUGUAGUGGGAUCUACAACUUCACUCAUUUAGUGAGCCCUACUGCAAUCUCCCAAUUUCAUCUAUCAGGUCCCAGCAUGAUGCGCUCGAACAGCAUUCCCACACAAGAUUCCUCCUUUGACCUGUACGGAGACUCCCAGCUGGGCGGAAGUGCCAUUUCCCUGGAAGAAAGACCAAGGACGAUGAGCAGAUCGGGAUCCUUCCGAGACAGCAUGGAAGAAGUCCAUGGAUCUUCCCUGUCACUGGUUUCAAGCACAUCAUCUCUUUAUUCCACAGCUGAAGAAAAAGCACAUUCAGAGCAAAUCCGAAAACUUCGGAGAGAACUGGAUACUUCCCAAGAGAAGGUUGCUACACUCACCUCCCAGCUCUCAGCCAACGCUCACCUUGUGGCAGCCUUUGAGCAGAGUUUAAGCAACAUGACCUCACGACUGCAGAACCUCACAAUGACAGCUGAGCAGAAGGAGUCGGAACUGACAGAACUGAGAGAGACCAUCGAAAUGCUGAAGACACAAAACUCAGCAGCACAAGCGGCCAUUCAGGGAGCACUGAACGGCCCUGAUCACACAAACAAAGACGUGCGGAUCAGAAGACAACAUUCAUCGGACAGCGUUUCGAGCAUCAACAGUGCGACCAGCCACUCAAGCGUCGGGAAUGCGAAUGACAUCGAGUCAAAGAAGAAGAAGAAGAAGCAAAGUUGGUUGAGAAGCUCAUUCAAGCAAGCUUUCGGUAAAAAGAAGUCUUCAAAGCCUAAUCUCUCCCACUCAGACAUCGAAGAGAUCCCUGACCCUUCUCUGUCGUCAUCACUGAAAUCCCAUCAAGGAUCAACGGAGGCUGGAGGCAUGAAACCAUCACACUCGGCAUCUGCCAUCUGCGAGUGCACGGAGUCAGAGGCUGAGGCCAUCGUGCACCUCAAGAGCGAGCUGCGGGAGAAGGAACUGAAGCUGACCGACAUCCGGCUGGAAGCUCUGAGUUCGGCUCAUCACCUGGAUCAGAUCCGGGAGGCCAUGAACAGGAUGCAGAAUGAGAUCGAGCAGCUGAAAGCGGAGAACGAUCGUCUGAAGUCAGAGACUGGCAGCAGUGGGGCAGCCCGCACACAGUCCCAAUCUUCCACCUCCUCCUCCUCCUCUUCCCGGCAGUCUUUGGGACUUUCCCUGCAAAACCUCAACGUCACGGACACCAUGACAUCAGACAUCCUACUUGACGACGGGACAGAUGGAUCAUUUCGGAAGGAAGGCUGCAGUGUCAGGAUUAUGAUCUGCUUGAACAAACAGCUCAAACGAACCAAGGAUGAAAAGACUCCUCAAUAUCUGAUCGGCUCAAUAGGAGUCAGCGGAAAGACAAAGUGGGAUGUCCUCGAUGGUGUUAUCCGUCGAUUGUUCAAGGAGUAUAUCUUCCGUCUGGAUCCAUCUACCAGCCUUGGUCUGUCCACUGACAGUAUUGUCAGCUACAAUAUAGGUGAUAUCGUAAGAUCCUACAACAUGGAGUUACCUGAACUUCUCCCCUGUGGGUAUCUGGUCGGUGAAAGCAACAUCAUCACCGUGAAUCUGAAAGGUGUGGCGGAGAAUAGUGUGGACAGCUUGGUGUUCGAGGCUCUGAUUCCAAAGCCCACGAUGCACUGUUACCUCAAUGUCCUACUGGAGCAUCGACGGAUCAUCCUGUCUGGACCCAGUGGAACUGGGAAAACCUACCUGGCCAAUAAACUUGCUGAGUUCCUGGUGAAUAGAUCCGGACGGGAAGUCACCAACGGAUCGAUAGCCACAUUCAAUGUGGACCACAAGUCCAGCAAGGAAUUGCGGCAAUACCUGUCAAAUCUGGCUGAUCAGUGUGCUGCUGCAGAUAAUGGAUCUGAUCUUCCACUGGUAAUAAUCCUGGACAACCUCCAUCACGUUGGCUCUCUGAGUGAUAUCUUCAAUGGAUUCCUCAACUGUAGGUACCACAAAUGUCCAUACGUCAUUGGAACGAUGAACCAGGCUGUCUCCUCAUCGGCUAACCUGGAGCUUCACCACAACUUCAGGUGGGUGCUGUGUGCCAAUCACACCGAACCCGUGAAAGGAUUUCUGGGCCGGUACUUACGCCGUAAGCUGAUCGAGACGGAAAUUGACAAAAACAUGCGCAACAACGACCUCCUCAGAAUUAUCGACUGGAUUCCCAAAGUGUGGCAGCACCUCAAUGGCUUCCUGGAAACUCACAGUUCUUCUGACGUGACCAUAGGUCCCCGCCUCUUCCUUUCCUGCCCUUUGGAAGUGGAUGGUUCCAGAGUGUGGUUCACAGAUCUGUGGAACUAUUCCCUCAUCCCUUAUCUUCUGGAAGCAGUUCGAGAGGGUCUUCAGUUGUACGGCACAAGGGCGGAGUGGGAGGAUCCAUCCCGCUGGGUGGUGGACACGUACCCCUGGAGCGCUGGCUCCCUGCAGCAGGAGUGGCCAUGCCUCCUGCAGCUGCGGCCUGAAGACGUGGGCUAUGACGGGCACCUCUCGGCCAAGGAAGGAGGCUCCUCCAAGCAGGUCCCCCAGAGCGACAGCGACGGAGACCCACUGAUGAACAUGCUGAUGAGACUUCAGGAGGCGGCCAACUACUCCAGCACACAGAGCUGCGACAGCGACAGCACUAGUCACCACGACGACAUCCUAGAUUCAUCUUUGGAGUCCACUCUCUGAAGCAAACUUCAAGGGGAUGGAAUGGUGGACUGCUCACAGACUGCUGGUCAGAAACCCAACCUUUCCACCCUCAUCUACUGAUGGUGUGAAACGGAGAUCAAGAGAUCAACACCAGGGCACAGAUGUCCAUCUGCAGAUUGCAUGGGGACAGGGUUUCUCGGAGAGGGUUUGUACAGCUUGAACAAGCUGUGUUGGACUGCACUGACUUAGCCUGGUUGGACCACAAGUGGGUUUGUUGAUGUUUCUUAAACAAAAUAACACACACACAAAAAAAAGUUGCACAUAAAUUAAACCAAACUGGAACCUUACAAGUAUUUAGACGUGUAAACCUGUUUCAGAAUUGAUUUGAGGUGCUGUAGGGAAUGGAUCAGUCACUGUACAAUUUCUGCCCUGACCUCAGCUCUCUAUUCCCUUGGUGCUGGUUGGAACAGCUGGAAUUAGUCCAUGGUUUACACCCCUCACUGACUCCAUAUCUGGAGACCUUGCACACAAUAAGCACAAAAUAAUGAGCGAGGGUCAUAAUGUGUGCACCCACAGUGGGGCUGACUCCAUCAAACUCGCUGGACACACCCCAGCUUUCUUGGUGCUGAAGAGUUCCAACCACUCUCCCUAUCCAACAGGCUUUUCUCCUCUGGAUUUCUACUGUUGUAUAUUGUUUUCUUUUUACAGGUCUUUUAACUUGACAGGAAGGUCUCUCAGUCACCAGACCUACUCAAACAUCCACCAAUGGUGCAAGUGAUAACCUUAGUUUGUGAAGGGCUACAUCAUCACAGGUUGUGGAAAGUCUCAGCGUCUGCUCUGAAUAGCAGUAAACAUGGUGCUGAAAUCACUUGCCUUAUUUCCAACAGAUUACGGGAGUGAAAUAAAGCCACUUCAUCUGCACACCAAUCCUCAGUGGUGUUGGAGAUUUCCUGGAGGGGAGCAGGUUAAUCGCACGCUCGCCAGGUAGAAAAAGGAUGAACCUCUUAACAACAGUGUCUUCAGGGUUUUACUCUUGGAUCAAAACAAAAGGGCAGCUCGACUGAUCUUCACACACUCCUCUCUCAUUGUGUGUGCAUCUCUAUUCCCUUUCCCAGUUCAUCAACAGAUUUUAGAAUUCAUCGAGGACAAUGCUUGGUGGGUGGGCUACAGCAGUUCUCCACUGAAGGUCAUCCCAUAGGGUGACCACUCGAAAGAAGAGCACAAAUUGUUUGCUUCUAUAGACUUACAGCAUGUUUCUACUACCUGUAAGAAAGCCCAGUGCUCACCCGAGCGUAUCGGGGACAAGGCUCUCCCUCCCUCCCCACCUUGCACCCCCGACAACUCAAAAGAGGUCACUCAGAUCUGCUCAUCCCAAUUCCAUCUGCCUCUUGCUGGGUGCUAGAUUGAGGUUAGAUUUAUCCUCCCCAACUUAAUGUUCUGCGGUAUAUGGAGCCAGCCUUUUUCCAUUUGGGAAGAGGAGUGAGAGAUGGAAGGGGAGGGGAAGAUGAUGGACUUCAGUGGGGUUUACGUCCUCGUUGCUCUGGGUGGGGCAAGGUGGGGCUCUCUGCGUUAGGGUUUUUGCACAAGUAUGGGAAGUUGUAAAUGGAAAGACAAAAAAAAGGAAGAAUUAGGAAAGAUUUUUUUUUUGGUUUUGCCUUGCACAGUAAAAGAGUUGAAAAUUCCUUCACGGUGUAUUACUUGGUGUAAGCAUUUAUAUUCACUCGAAUAUGCUGGGAUUUUUGAAAAUUCUCUGUGUAGAUGGGAUGUGUUUAAUCCUGUGUGUGUGGUGACGAUGAUUGCUAUCUGGAGCCGCCCACCAUGAGGUCUUGGUUGAGCCACAGGUAGACGGCCUCCAAUAUUGAAUCAUCUGUGUAGUUGCUGGCCAUCUCAAACAGGUGCCCAGUUUGUUUUAGCACAAGUCUACUGUUAACCCAAGCUGCCGUCCGUGAUACAUCUCAGUGAGACUUCCGGAGAUUUUCUUUUGUGGAACAGUUUUCUGUAAAACAUAUUUUAUAUUCUGUACAUUUUGAUGUAACAUACAAUGUAAAUAAUCAGUGAAAACAAGAGGAAAAAAAUGGUUAAAAGCAAUCAUCAGGAGAGUUUUUUGUAGUCCUUUUAACCUUUGAGUUUGAGUAUUUGGGUGUAACCGGAUUAAUGGACAGUGGACGAUAAUCUCGGUUUUAAUGUCUCUGCAGCUUCUAUAUGGGUUUUAUUUUUCAGAUAAUGCACACUGUAUCUGUCUAAAUUAUGACUUUACCAUUAAAGUGAUAUUAUUUAUUGAA